AUGAUGUUUGCCCUCAAUCCAGAAGAUUACCAUGAAUCAAAUUCAAAGAGGAAACCACGACUGCCUCAGUCUCGGGGAGUUUUAUCAUUUAAAUCAUUAGAUGAUUCGACUUUUAACAACAACCUGAAAAUUAUUAAUGUUGAACAAGCAAAAAUUCCGAGAAGUUUACCUGAAAAUGAUGAUGAAGAAAAUGAUAGUGAUUCAGAAGAUGAUCCAAAUCCAAGUUCAAUUAUUAAUAAUUUAAACUCCCUGAGACUGAAAUUUAAUGUUGUUCCUCCUGAUAAAUUCAAUUUAAAAACUCUGAAAAUCAAAACUACAAAGACUCAUUUAGAUACUCCAGUUAUCCAAGAUGAUGCUGUUAGUGCUAAUUUAAGUUUAAGUUCAGAUUCCAAAUUUGACUCAUCAUCUAUUGGUAAUAAAAAGGAUAGGUCAAAUUCAUUAGAAUCAAUUACCUCACAACCUAAAAGAAGAAAUUUGACUGAAUCAUCAUUUUCAAUUCCUAAUGAAUUAAAUAUUUCGAUUGAAAUUGCAAAAUUAAAGGAUUAUAGAAGAGUUGCAAAAACGUUAAUGAUUUCUUUUGAGGAUGAUCCAUUUACAAAUUAUAUUUUAAAUACAAUGAAGUAUGAAAAAGAAACAACUUCAAAAUCAAUUUACAAAAAAAAGAAAUUGGACUUAAUGUUAUCUUAUUUUGAAUAUGCAACUUAUGAAUGUUUAUCAACUGAUGGUUUAGUUUAUAUUAUCAAAGAUAAUAAUUAUGAAUCUCAAUUGGAAGAAUUAGAUAUUAAUGUUAAUAAGUUCCCAUUUUUAGGUUGUGCUUUAUGGAAUCAAAUUUAUGGUAUGAAUGUUUCUGAUUCAAGUUCAGGUUCAGAUUCCGAUUAUUCAGAUGAUGAUUAUUUUGUGAAUGGAGAUUUAUCACUUAAAGAUUCGAUUCAUAAAUCUUCAAUAAAAUUUAAUUUUAAAGCAAUUAGAGGUCAAUGUAGAUCAAAAGUAUUUAAAGAAAAAUUACCAUUUUUAACAAAAGUAAGAAAUGAAGUAUUAAUUAACAAAAUUUUAAGAACUGAAAAGGGUAAACAUUUCCCUAUUGAUUUAAAUAUUUGGUAUUUAAAUGAUAUUGCAACAUUACCUUCAAUGAGAGGUAAAGGAUUAGGUAGAAUUUUAAUUAAUUAUGCAAAGGAGAAAUUUUUAAAUGAUAAUAAGAAAUCUUAUAUGUAUUUAGAAAGUUCAAAUCCAAUUAAUAGAAAAUUUUAUACUAAAAUGGGAUUUAAAUUAAUGAAGACUUAUUCAGUUAAAUAUAAUAAAUAUGUAAAUGAAGAUAUUUAUAAAUUUGAUAAAGAUAAUUUAGGUAUUAAUAUGGAUGCAAUGUUAUACUACCCAGAAAUAAUUUAA